GUGCCAAGAAAUGAAUUGAAAGUGAAAGCAGAAGCAGUUGAAGGGACAGAGCACAAGCACAACAUGCCUUCUGCACCUUCGAAAAUCUACGCAGACGAUGUGAGCCUUCUGGUUGUGACGCUAGACACCAAUCCUUUCUUCUGGGCCACUUUCCCCUUCCCCUUCGCCGAGUUCCUCUCCCAAGUACUCGCCUUUCUCAACUCGAUCCUGCUCCUCGGCCAGCUCAACCAGGUCAUCGUCAUCGCCACUGGAUGCAACUCCUGCGCCUAUGUGUACGAUUCCUCUUCCGAACGGAACCACGGUGCCACCACCGGCACAAUGCCCGCGCUUUAUUCCAACUUACUCCACAAUAUCAACGAGUUUCUCGCUAGGGACCGGCAAUUAGACGCUCUUCGAAAAACGGGAACCGUGCCUUCUUCGCUCCUAUCGGGCUCCUUGUCCAUGGCGCUUUGUUAUAUACAGAGAGCUUUUCGCUUAGGACCUAUGCCUCCGCAGCCUCGGAUUUUAUGUUUGCAAGGCGCUGCCGAUGGACCAGAACAGUAUGUGGCAAUCAUGAAUGCAAUAUUCUCUGCACAGCGUUCUAUGGUUCCUAUAGAUUCUUGUUAUAUUGGCUCCAACAACUCUGCAUUCCUCCAGCAGGCUUCUUACAUAACUAGUGGAAUAUAUUACAAGCCUCCUCAAUUGGAAGGGCUUUAUCAAUAUCUUUCAACAGUAUUUGCAACUGAUUUACAUUCUCGCGCAUUUUUAAGGCUUCCUAAAUCUGUGGGUGUGGAUUUUCGUGCAUCGUGCUUCUGCCAUAAGCGAACAAUUGACAUGGGCUUCGUAUGUUCUGUAUGCUUGUCCAUUUUCUGUGAGCAUCAUGAUAAGUGUUCAACCUGUGGGGGAAUGACUGUGUCUCGUAUAGGAGUUAGCAUGCCAGGAACAGCUAUGAGAUGAGGAAGACAAUCCCAGUUGAUUAAUGUCUGUAUUUGGUCAAGCUCAACUAGAUGCUUCAGCAGCCAACAGGAAAAGAAAGGCGUGAAUUGAGUGCACAAUGUACUUUGUCACACCAUGAGAGCUCAUCGAUAUAAGUUCUCUUUGUACACGUAGCAUAAUGAAAUUUUGGUGAAUAUAUUUCCCGUUUGUCUUGGUUGGAAACUGAAGUUCAUAGUGUAAUUAUUUCAGGCCUAUAAAAGGAGUAAUCGAUCUGAAAGUUUCAUUAGUCGUUUAACAGGUUAUAUGAUAAUUUCAUUUGCUAUUGAAAUCGAUGAUUUGGAUUAUGUUCA